AUGAUGGCGCGAGGAUUAUUGCUAGUUACAGCGGCGGUCGUGCUACUGUCCUCGAUUAACGUCGGCGCCGAGAGGAAUCACAAAGACGACGUGGACCUCAACGACCGUAAAGAAAACAACGGGACGACGGUCACGUCCAUCAAGAUCAACGACGGACCGUCCAAGAACAGGACGGAUAGAACGCGGGAGAGUCAAUUGGAGAAGGUCCGCGCACUUCUGAGCAACGGAAGCCGGCAAAACGCGAGCAGAGAGCUGACUUUACCAAAAAGCGCAGACAUAGCAAAAGUCAUAUCAGAAGAUAUCGCUGGUGACGAGGAAACACUCGAAGGAUUACCAGAGCCGCAGGAAUUGAAGAUUAUAAGGCCUAAUCUAAGAACACGGCCGAGUUAUCGACCUCCGCCGAGAAGGCCGACGUCUCUGAAUAGAAGAAACGUUUACGCAGAUCUGUCGAGAGCGCCGCUAAUAAGACCACCCAGACGGCCCACGGAAGUGAAGCGAGAUCCAACGGAAAAGGAAUGUACUUUCUUCACGAAGACAGUCUGUCUAGAAGCCACCGAUUAUCCGCACGAGGCGAUUGCAAGGAGCAUAAGAGGGAAUAAGGAGAUGGUGGCCGCUUUGUUGACGGAUUAUAAGUCGCAGGAUUAUGACGAGUCUGGAGAAAGUACUCCGCUUGCGUUGCCUCUGGAGAAUAAAUACGAGAAUCGAUACGAGAGUAACGAGAUUAGAAGGAGGUCAGAUGCAACAUCUCCGUUCGACAACAUCGAAGAAGGCUUCACGUGUCCGUCAGUGAUCAAAUACGCGCGUCCACAGUUAGCCAGGGCUGCUUCCGGUAUUUGGAAGUACAUAAUAAACACCGGCGAACACACGCAAACUUUACGACUGGAGAAGUGUUCAAGUCCACAGUCGAGCUGUUCGUUUAUCUCCGAGAAUUAUCGAUCUUCUUGCAUGCAAGUGUACAACUAUCACAGACUUUUGACUUGGGAUAGUAAAUUAGGCUUGCAUAUGGACAUUUUCAAAGUACCAUCUUGCUGCAGCUGUCACGUGCAUGGUUACGCUGAGAUUUUCCCUCCUCAUCACAAGGAACCACCUUCGAGAAUUAAGGAAUCCUUUCCUGGAUCUGAUUUCGUCACCAACGAACAGAAAGACGAUUUCGAAGAAGCUUCUAAGUUGAAUUAUUUGAAUAAAUACUCGGGUAGCUUUGAUUCCAACCUUGGUAAUAAUAAGAAGCCUAUAGUAGAGCCUACGCCAAGUAGACCAAGUUUUACUCUCCCUGUGAGGCCAAGACCGAAGAAACCUAUUACAUCGAGUUCAAGGCCGUUCGAUAAGUUACCUCAACAACAUGCACCGAAUACUAGAGCGCCAGGGUACACUGGAUCGUUGCUGAAAGGUAGACCCAGCAGACCCAGUAGACCACCUUACAGGAGGGAAUCUACGUCUCAUACCGAGGAGAAUGCUGAAACUGCGAACAGUACGAUUUUGAAUAGAUACAGCCAACCGUACGACCUGGACAUGGACGCCACGUCACGGCUGCAAAAUGGCGGUUUCGACGAGGAAUAUCAGGAACCACAGAGGCGAAUCAACUACAAUUAUCACCCGAUUAUCGAUUUCUUCAGACCGGAAGCAAUGAUGCUACAUUCCUCUGAAACUUCCUCGAUUUCAGAUCAGAAUGAUUCCAACUCGUGGAAACCUUUAAUAGCGUCUUGA